AUGGCAGGCAGGGAGGGGCAGGGGCUUCCGCACCACCAUCGUUGUGACGCCCGUUUUCUCUCCGCAGCCCAGCCCAGCGCCAUCUGCUUCCAGCCCAGCCCACCCCGCGCGCGCGCCGCUGCCCAGUGGGACCUGCCCGUCAGCUCUGUCGUCUCCGCCGCGCCCCGCAACAACCCGCGCCCCACCGCCUUUUCCCCCCUGCACACGUGCAAGAACCCGAGAAAGCCGAGCGCCAUAGCCGCCGCCGUCGCCGAGCCAUCCGCCGCGCCAAGCCCUCCCCGCCGCGUCCGAGCUCGUCGCCAGCUUCGCAGUAGCGGGAGGAACUCGUUUUGCUGCUCGCCGACGCAUCUCCACCGCCGGACCGAGUUCUCUCCGCUCGCCGGAAGCUUCCGCGCCCGUCGAUUUCGCCCCUCCGCCGUCGCAGCCGGGUCCCCGUCGACUUCCGAGCGCCGCCGCCCGCCAUUGUCGUCGCCCGUCGCCGUCAAGACCUCCCCGGCCGUCGACAAGCCCCCGGUGAGCUUCCCCGUGCCCUCCCCGUUCGGUUGCGCCUUUUUCCCGAAGAGUUGGCGGUCGGUAGCGUUAGAUUGCGUAUCUCCGGCGAUCCUCCGGCGAGAUCCGAGGCGGCGCCGCCGUGUUCCGAUCGCCGCCGGCCUGUUUUUCCCCCAAUCAAUCUCAGCCGUCGGAUCCCCUUUGAACCCUUUCGCAACCCAGUAG